GUCAGCGAUGCUGUUCUAUCGAAAAGCGGUAAAAACGCGACCAUGUUUCCGGUCUGGCUCGCAUUAUUGUCGUUUUCGGCCGUGGUGGAAGGGGCGACCAACUGUUUCUACUCGUCAGCACUCCUGUCGUACACGUUCUCCCACAGGGCCAGGGUCAUCCCUAACUUCGAGCCCUUCAUCAUCACGCCCGAGGAGGACCUACUGGACAUCCUCCUAGAUCCUCUCAAUAUCACCGUUAAUCGCUUCUUCUCCGCAGAUGAAGUCGGUACCCAUGUGGAUAUGCCGGGACGGUUUCACGUGGACGGAUACCGCGUGGGUGAAAUACCGUUUUGUGAUUUCUUCUUGGUUCCUGGAAUCAAGGUAGAUGUAAAGGCCAAGGCAGCACGUAAUCGUGACUAUGAGGUUACUGUUGAGGACUUGGAGGAGUGGGUGUGUGAGAACGGGCCACUGCCUCCUAGGUUUAUUGCAUUGUUUGACUUCGGCUGGAGUGACCGCUACGACGACGCAAGACGAUACUUCGGAGACGACAGCCUUCUAGAUCUCCUUCUGCCUCUGCAGUACAGCUGGCCAGGGCUCUCGUUGGAGGCGGCAGAGUUCUUGGUACAGUGCAGCUCACAGUGUGUAGCUGUUGGUGUAGACUCUCCUGGUGUUGAUACAGGAUUCAACACUAGCCCAGCCGAGGCGAUACCUCCCUUGGAGCCAGUAUCAAGGUAUCUUACCCGUUACGGGGUGUAUCUUCUGGAGAACCUCCAGCUGAGAGGGGUCAGUUUGCCAAACAGAGGGUUCUUCGUGACAGUUGGAGUGAUCAACCUCCAGGUCAACACGGCAGCUCCAGCCUACGUCGUAGCCGAGUACUGUGAGAAUCCUUACCCAGAGUUGAUCUGCGCCGCACCCUGCAUACUGGACGUCCUGUAUGGAGUGCCCUACUACUAACUAGAAGAAGACCGGUAUUGUAUAGAUAACUUGAGAAGAUAUUUGUUAAAGAUCUUAACUUAAUGUUACAAAUAACCAUUUUAAAUUAAAGACAUUUUCAUUUGAAGGAAACCGCAUAUGAGACUAAUCGUCCGAAAUAACUGUAAGGGCUAGAAGAAGACAAUUUGUAAAGGA